AUGGAAAACCUCAUGGAAGAAAGCAAUUCAAGAUUACGCUUCAUGUCAGUAGAAAUGGACAGCAGCAGUUUUAUUCAGUUUGAUGUGCCCGAGUACAGCAGCACCGUCCUGAGCCAGCUAAACGAACUCCGCCUGCAAGGAAAACUAUGUGACAUCAUUGUCCACAUUCAGGGUCAGCCAUUCCGAGCCCACAAAGCCGUCCUUGCGGCCAGCUCCCCCUACUUCCGGGACCAUUCAGCACUAAGUACCAUGAGUGGCUUGUCGAUAUCAGUGAUUAAAAACCCUAAUGUGUUUGAACAGUUGCUUUCAUUUUGUUACACUGGAAGAAUGUCCUUGCAACUGAAGGAUGUUGUCAGUUUUCUGACAGCAGCUAGCUUUCUUCAGAUGCAGUGUGUCAUUGACAAGUGCACGCAGAUCCUAGAGAGCAUCCAUUCAAAAAUCAGUGUGGGAGAUGUGGACUCUGUGACCGUCGGUGCGGAAGAGACCUCGGAGAGCCGCAAUGGAGUGAAAGACAGCAGCUUCUUUGCCAACCCAGUGGAGAUCUCCCCGCCAUACUGCUCUCAGGUACGGCAGCCCACCACAAGCAGCGAUCUUCGGAUGGAGACCACACCCAGCAAAGCUCUGCGCAGCAGCCGUUUACAGGAGGAAGGGCACUCGGACCGAGGGAGCAGUGGGAGCGUCUCCGAGUAUGAGAUCCAAAUCGAGGGGGACCAUGAGCAAGGGGACCUGCUGGGGAGGGAGAGCCAGAUCACCGAGGUGAAAGUGAAGAUGGAGAAGUCUGACCGGCCCAGCUGUUCCGACAGCUCAUCCUUGGGAGACGACGGGUACCACACCGAGAUGGUUGAUGGGGAACAAGUCGUGGCCGUGAACGUGGGUUCCUAUGGUUCUGUGCUUCAGCACGCGUAUUCCUACUGCCAGGCAGCCUCACAGCCGGUUGGUGGUGUAUCUGAGGCGUUUGGAAGUUUGAGUAACUCCAGCCCCUCCAGAUCCAUGCUGAGCUGUUUCCGAGGAGGACGGGCCCGCCAGAAGCGGGCCCUGUCCGUCCACUUGCACAGUGAUCUGCAGGGCCUGGUGCAGGGUUCCGACAGCGAGGUCGUGGUGAAUAACCCAGGCUUCGAGAGCAGCCCCAGGGAGAGGAGCGCGCGAGGUCACUGGUACCCGUACAACGAGAGGUUGAUCUGCAUCUACUGCGGCAAGUCCUUCAACCAGAAGGGAAGCCUUGACAGGCACAUGCGACUCCACAUGGGAAUCACGCCCUUUGUAUGCAAGUUCUGCGGGAAGAAGUACACGCGCAAGGACCAGUUGGAGUACCACAUCCGGGGCCACACCGACGACAAGCCGUUCCGCUGUGAGAUCUGCGGGAAGUGCUUCCCUUUCCAAGGCACCCUCAACCAGCACCUGCGGAAAAACCACCCCGGCGUGGCCGAAGUACGCAGUCGCAUGGAGUCCCCUGAGAGAACGGACGUGUAUGCGGAACAGAAACUAGAAAACGAUGCCUCGGCCUCAGAGAUGGCCCUGGAUUCCCGGAUGGAAAUUCACACGGUGUCCGAUGCUCCUGAUUAA